CUAGGGCAAACAUGGCAGCCAAGAGACAGCUGACUCCGUUCCUGGCAAAAAUUCGUGAUUUUUUGUUAUGGCGAAAAUACAACCAGGCUCUUCGAUUUGAAGAGGAAUUAAGCCCAAGAACUCAAGCGCCACCUGUUCUACCUGAUGGUCCUUCUCACAAGCUAAAUAACAAUUACUACUAUACACGUGAUGGGAGAAGAGAAGUCAAUCCGCCAACAGUUGUCUUCACUGAAGGACAAAAGCUAGUUGGUGCAGGUCAAGAAAUCCAAGGCAAACCAAGGACACAACUGCUUCCAGGAUAUGGUUACAACUGGGAAUCAGGGCAAGGAGAAUAUUUACAGAGGAAGUCAUUGACGUAGCUAACGCGAACUCACAUUUGUUUUUAUGUAGAACAUCUUGUGUGAAAUGUGCAGUAAUACAGUAAAGGCCUUGUAUAUAGAGGAGUUAUUCCCAAGUUGAUUGUGCUAGCUGUGUGUUAUAAACCUUUGUGCGAUAGUAAAUUCCAAGAUGGAAAGAGUGACGUCAGUUUUCAACCACAGCCUCAAGAUACCUUCAGGUUUGUCUAUGUAAAUAAAACAAAAAAAAA